UACUUGGGGGAUACCAUCUCCAUCGUAGGCCCASACCCCCGAUAUCCGAUAGCAGUGCCAGGCAUGCCUUUCCAAACUCAAGAGGAUUGRGAAGCGCAAGUGUCCCACAAGUGGUUGGACCAAUGGAAUUCGACGCAGCUGUAGCGAAAAUAGGGGAAUUUGGUCGUUACCAAAGAAUUCAGUAUCUAGUGGCCAACAUUUGCUCAAUUCCUCUAUAUUUUCAGUCUUUACUUGGCGUAUUCAUCGCGGCGCAACCAAAAUGGAAAUGCGUCGGUCAAACAAACGAACCGUUAUGCCUUCCAAAUGGAAAGAUUUGCAGCAAACCUCAAUUUGUAUCACAGUAUUCAAGUAUUGUCACCGAGUGGAACCUUGUUUGUGGUGAUGCUUAUAAAGCUGAGCUCGCCCAGUCGAUACUAAUGGCAGGUUUCUUGGUAGGUGCGUUUUCCGGUGGGUAUGCUUCUGACCGAUACGGAAGAAAGCGAGUCUGGCUCACGGCUCUUGUUAUGAACAGUGUUUUGGGGAUUUUGUGUGCUUUCUCUCCAACUUUGAACGCAUUUUACGGCUUUCGUUUUCUUCAAGGUGUUUUCAUUCAAUCAGGAACCAUGACGACUUUCGUGAUCUCUACUGAAAUGAUAGGGCCUUCAUACAGAGGGUCUACUGGGAUGUACGUUUCAAUAUUUGCCGCUCUAUCUUACCCUGUACUGGCAUUUCUCGCAUCGAUCUUCACGAAUUGGAGGACUUUGAUAUUAAUAACMGUUGCACCACCAAUUGCAUCACUGUUUUUGGCAUUCUUGGUUAGUGAGUCUCCAAGAUGGCUGCUCACAGUUGGUCGUGUAUCAGAGGCUGAAGAAAUCAUCAAUGAGGCAGCCAGGGUAAAUGGUUUACCCAAUGCUAAAAUAACCCUGACGUCCAUUGUCUCCAGUGGGAGAAAAGUUACAGUAAAAACCUCUGGGCAUUCCAUUCUAUCUAUUUUUACCAAAAGAUCUUUGCGCACUAUUACAAUGGUAAUGAUGGUUUCAUUCAUGGCAAGUGGUAUUGGUUACUUUGGGUUGUCAUUGAAUGUUAGAAAUCUUGGUGGUAGUGUCUACUGGAAUUUUGCACUAUUUGGAAUAGUAGAAAUACCAUCAUAUAUUAUGGCAGCACCUAUACUUGAAGCACUUGGCAGACGCAAGACCAACUUUUUAUUAACAUUAUCAGGAGGUAUUGCAUGUUUGAUUUGUAUGCAAUUACAACAAACCCAAUAUGACAGCCCAUCACUGGUAAACGCAAUAGCUUUGCUUGGAAAGUUUUGUGUGUCCGCUGCCAAUGCAUUAAUCUACAUUUAUGCUGCAGAAUUGUUUCCAACUGUCAUUCGUAAUAUGGCAAUAGGGGUGUUUGCUGUGUGCAUUAGAUUGGGAGCCAUUACAGCUCCAUUCAUUGUAUUACUUGGAAAUGAAAACAAAUCAAUCCCAAUGCAGGUUUUCUCAUGUAUAACAUUAUUAGCAGCUUUUCUUGGAUUAAAGUUGCCUGAGACUAGUGGAAGACCGUUACCUCAAACAUUUGAAGAUCUACAUGCGGACUGUAUCAAUAAAUAAUAAUAUCUCUUUCUACAUAUCUUUGAUAGCAGUGCAACCUGGAGUACUUUGCCUACCAGAAACUAUUUCCCCAAAGUCUUGAAAUGUCUUUGAUUCUUUUGUGCAAAAUUAUUAGUCAACUGAAAUAUCAAAUGUUGACCAAUGAUUUAGAACAUUUUAUUUAGGUUUAUUAGUGUAAUAUCUAUUUCACAGGUUUUCUUACUUCACUCUAACACUUUCACAGCUUUCAACUGCUUCAAAUGUUUAUCAUUUUAAUGGAUUGGGUUGGGAAGGAAUAUCAUCUUCAAGGGAUUCACCAAAGUGAUGUUUUCAAAGAGAUAUUUGUACUGAUGGAUCUCAGCUCCAAUCCCUCCCAUCUAAUCAACUCUUCUUUAAUGUAGGAAAACAAGAAAAAGGA